AUGAUACCAACUGGGUUCAGAUUCAAUCCCACCGAUGAAGAGCUCAUCGAAAUUCUUCAAAGAAAAGUCUCUGGCCAAGAAAUGUCUCUCCAUGACCAUUUCAUUGUUGAAAGAAAUGUGUAUGAGCUUGAUCCCCAAGAUCUUGAAUGGGAUCACAAGGUGGUGUUAUCUAAUAACGAGAGUUACUGCUACUACAUGAGGGAGACUGAUUCCAGAGAAGUCUCUGGUCGAGGAUGGUGGAGAGCCACCGGGCAUGUGAAGAAAAUUUAUGCUAACAACCGAGUGGUGGGCUACAAGAGACCCCUAACAUUUCUCAGGUUUACAGAUAAUGAAAGAAAGCGCAAGAAUGCCUUCAAGACUAAUUGGAUUAUGCAUGAAUAUAGCCUUGAUUCCAACACAACGGAAUGGCGGCUUUGCAAGAUCAAAUACAAAGGAAAGACAAGUGUAAAAGAAGAGCUGGAGAAUAUCAGAAAAGGUUACAGAUUAAGUAAUGAAUUUGAGGGCAGCAGUUCAAUAAUGGUGAUGCAGCUUGAUUUUGUUGGUGAAGAACAGAAGCAACCGCAACUUUUAGAGCUAGAAAAUUUGUGUGAACCAUAUUCAGAAGUUAGCAGUUCAACUGGAAUGCAGAUCGAUUUCAUUGGUGAACCUUUUUAUUGUAGGCAAAACAUGGAAAUCGAAGUGGUGGAUGAACAACAAAAGCAGUCAAAUGCUUCCUAUGAUCCAAUUUUAACCCACAUUUCGAGUACAAAUUAUUACUUUGAUGAUCCCCUCGAGCAGCCGGAUUCAUCAGAGGAAAUAUUUCCUAGUCUUUGGACUUAG